UUGCCUUUGGAUAUUUUUUUCAACUUGUUUUCGCUAUUUUUUAUCUAUACUCUCUCGAAUUCCCAUUCGAAUAGAACAACGAUUUGUAUAGGUUUUCUCUCAAAUUCAAGAAUUUGAUAUACGGUCAACAAAAUGGGGGCAGAAGAAGCAGCUAUGGAACAAGAGAAGAAUCUCUCAUCUCAUAAUCCAAGGACGGUUCCCAUCACAGAGGCUCAAUUCCUAUCCUGGAAGCGCCGGAAGGAUGCUGAGGCAUCUGCUAAAAGAGAGGAAACAGCAAGGAAACGUGCGGAAGAUAUUGCCUUAGGAGCGGUGCAAAUGAAUGGGCGAGAGCUUUUCUUGCACCAACCAUGGGUGUUUGAUAAUUCUCAAUAUUGAGGAUUCAUUUGUGUUGUACCGUCUAUAACCCUCAUGUAAACAAAAUGGUAUGUUUUCUUUCUAAAGUAGGUCCUACAGGGCAUCAAAAUCAAGUUGUAUCCAUGGUUUUAGCAGCUACGAUAUUUAUCGCCAUGUAAAUUCAGUCCCCAAUCCCAAAUUAUCUUAUGAAGUUAUGAUGCAUGGUUAAUGGAAUCAAAUAUUAAGAGACCUCUGUGGAUUGGUGCCACUGACUCUAAGGUCCUUGCAAAGAAUAAAGGACUUGGAGGAAAUUGACAAAAAUUAAAUUGUAGUGGCCAUCAAUCUAUUGUUGGGAUUGCGUUUGUAAAUUGAAACAAACUAUUCAAUAAUUUAGGUGUUAUUUAUUUUCUAAUAAAUAAAGUGUUAUUAUUUA